GUGUUUUAGUUCCGUCUUCGGCAGUGUUGCAAAGUCCGUGGUUUUCGAUAUAUUGCUCCUGAAAUGUGAAUUCUAUCUGGGGAACCCUUCCAAAAAAGUAAAUUUUACCCCCGGAACCCAAUAUUUAACGGGGGACCACACCAAAACGCGAGUAGGAUAGUUUUGAGUAGCAAUUUGGGCGGGGUUUAGUGUGAAAACUGGCAACCUGAUUCUUGCCUGGACUUCCUUCCCUGCUCUGUGCUCUAAUGGCGACUCGGGCGUGUUUCUGAAACACGUACUGUUAAAAAAAAAAAUAGCAAAGAAAGGAUCGAAAAGCUGUACUGAAUGAAAAUGCUUGACCUAAGAUAUUCGACGGCCUUCAUCUGCGCCGUGUUCUUCGUCAUAGGAGCUGUUUCAGGUGAAGAUAAAGCAGUGGGUUCGUCUGUUUCAUUUCGUCCAGACAAAAUAGAUUCUUCUGUCAGCAGCAUUAUAUGGAAACACACAAGCAGCACUGGACCUGUUGUAAAAGCGAUUGAGUGGGAUAGUGAUGAUAAAGCUUUUAGCAUCCCGAAUCCGAGAUUCAAAGACAUCACAUCUCUUGAUGAGAAGACUGGACAGAUCACUAUAACUAAGUUAACUUUUGAACACAGUGGAGUAUAUACCAUUGACAUCAACAGUAAAGAACAGGAACAAAAAUUCACCUUGACUGUUAUAGAGCGGGUCCCCAAACCUAAGAUAACUAAAGAGGAGAGCAAUAACGCUGAUGUUGUCUAUUUGAAAUGUGACUACAUUGGAACGAUCAUCUGGAAGAAUUCUACUGGACAAACAGUGGAGGACAAGAAGAAUGAGAUAACAGUCAAAAACUCCAAAAAUCCAGAAAACUUCUACACCUGCACACUCAACAACACUGUGAGUGAAGAAACCAGUGAUCGAGUCUAUGAGAGAGAAUUAUUUGUGACAGGACCAAAUGCAGGAAAGAUUGUGGGGAUUUUAUUUGCUCUCUUAUUUGUCGCCCUUAUUAUCUUUAUCGUGCUCUAUCUAUUGGUGACACCUGUUCACGAGUGGGUUAAUAGUACCUGUCCAUGUAUGGCAAAUUUGUUCGGCCCUCUGGAUUGUUUGAAGAAGACCGAAGUAGCGGGCAAAAAUUCAUCAGGAAGUGGUGUUGAUGCACCUUUGAAUCAGACUUCAAGUACCUCUCCAUCAGAUCAGAACCAAUAGUAGGUAAAGGUCAUUGUUGAAUUUUGCUUUCUAGAAAAUAACUUCUCUACAUCCAUGAAACAACAACACUUCCUGGAUUAUGGUGGCUGAAGAAUGAUUGUACAUUUUAUCAUCUUGGGGGAAAAAAAAAUAUUCCACAGGAACAGAUCAAGGAACCGAAACAAUUGUUGCCUGCAGUGAACUGAAACUAAUCUCUUAGAAAGCAGUUAUACAUUAUUACUCAUAAUUCAUAAAUCAUCCUACAUGUUGACCUACGUUGACACUUUCUGAAUCUGUUACAGAUAGUCUCUCUCGAACAGAUGUGCUCAGUUAAAUUUGUAUGUUCAAUCAAUGUAAUUUGCCAGUGUGUACAGGGCUCUCAAGUUAUGGCAAAUGUUUGGAGUGAGACUACAUCUGUUAGAGGAAGGGCAUUGGAAUAUGACCAGCCACUAAAAGGGGAGGAGCCACUCAAAUAUUUACAGCACCCAAUUCUCAAGUUUUUGCUAGGAGUUCAAUUUUCAAGCAGUACAAAUUUCUUUGUAUUUUUUAAUAUACAGAACAAUUUAUUUUAUUUUUGAUGAAUUUGUCUGUUUUAUCAGAUUUACCAAAUGUUAUAACCUCUCUAGCAAUUCCCUUAGUUUCUGGGAGCCAGAGCUAAGUUUAAGCUUCUGGUUGCAAAGCAGUUAUUGACUGCAAUAAUAAAACUUUAGCAUGCGUUGGCUUCCCAACAUCAGCUUUCAUUAUCUUUGACUUGAGACUUGAGAGCCCUAGUACAUGCUUUGGCAUAGGCCAAGACUUCGACAUUGAAAAUGAUUCAGUAAUUUUAAGUUUGGGGAGAGCACAUUAACCAAAAUAAAUCCAUCAAGUAUUGUACAUAAAUCUAUUAUCUAUAUAAAUUGAAUGUUUAAAAUAAAUGGGUUUGGGCUGUUUUAAGACAAAGACAUGGCUGGUGCUAAAUGAUUUUAAGUUAGCGCUGUCAUCAUAGCAAAACCGAAUGAUCUGCACCCUGAAGCGGAGCUCAGUUAUUACAUGGCUGCAUGUUAGUUAAUAUAGAUAGUUAUUUUUUUCAUUUGAGUUUAAAUUAGUUUAAUUUAAAUGUAGAGAAGGUGGAGAAGUAGUGCAAUCACAUAUAGGAAACAUUGGUAUCUCCAUGUUGUCCUGGACAUUUUUCAGAAAUAAUGGCUAAUAAGAAUCAAGUAUUACAGUGAACCAUGUAAUAACCUGAGAUUUGUUUGCUUUUAAUGUCUAUUUAUGUAGUUCAUUUCCAUUUCUUUUAUAUAUAUAUAUAUAUGACCUUUCUAAACUGAACUUCACUGGAUUUUUCAAGUUCAACAUUUUUUUUCAACAUUUAAAAGCAUGACUUUUGAUUUAUAACACCGCUUUGCUUUUCAAGGCCUCAGGUUCUGUGAGCCAAGUGGGUUACACCCAUAGAUGUUUUGUUUGGAAUUUUAACUCGUCAUCAUUUUUUCCACUGAAUCUUGGCUUACUUGAAGUGUAUUCAUAAUUAUUUAGGUUUUUGUUUGCUUGCUCAGAAAUAACGAAUUUGCAGCCAUACUUUGUAAACCGUAUGUUAAUGCAAACCUAUAUUACUUAUUUUGCAAACCUUAUAUCACUAUUUUGUAUACUGCCCUCUUCAUAUUGCUUAAAACUGAUAUUUUAAAUACAAUAAGUAUGCAAUGUUUUUACCUUUAUGUUGCCAUUUAUUUAUUUUUUGGAUGCAAAUUGGCAAGUUUUUUUCUUUAUAGUCACUUAACAUCAAAUUAGAGUUGAUUUCUCUGACGUCACGUUACUAAUCUUCAUGAAAUGGCAAAACUAAAAAGUACCCAAUGUAUGCCUGCACUUACCUUUAGGAGUUCACCAUCACUAAUAAACUUUGGAUGUACAGUCUUACGACUAAAAUUAAAUGUCGUUUUGUUCCCUGAGUUACAACUGAAUAUGACUGUAUAAAAUGAUGUGGAACUUUAUCUCUGAAUGGUGUUGACUAUUUUGGAGUUUCUUCAAAAGAGGAACUGCAUUGCAACAGUAACCCAACGAUUGUUGCUAAAAAGCGAUUAAGAAAAUAUCUUAGUCAUUCUUUUGUUCUCUUGUUAAUGUCACAGUGAAGAUUACCUGCUAUGUUUUUCCAUUUGGAGACGGCUUGUCAAAGAUUUGCUCUUAUCCAGAAAAACUGAAAGCUAUAGAUUUUGUGGUCCGGAUUAAUCCUAUUUAUUGGUCCUCUGCGUUCUAUGAAUAACCACUUUAUUUUUCAUAAUAGGUGCAUUUUCUUUUUGCAUUAAAUAAAAAAGAUGAUUUUGUCUUAAAAGGGGGGCUAAAUAGUAUUUAAAGUUGAUAAUUCUUUUUAAAUGAAGGCCCUUAAGUAUAAAAAAAAAUAGCAAAAUGCAUAUUCCAAGGUAUUCAAUUUUCAAUUUCAUCAUCUUUUCAAUAUGUAUAUUUGUCUGAGUAAUGGCGUUCUGUGUAGUUUACUUAUGGAAUGCUAUAUUUGACGUCAUCUGUUAGGACGCUCUGGAUCUGUUGAGGAUCAAAUCCUCCCAUCUUAUCAGUGAUCAGUCCAAUCUGACUUCAGCAGCUAGUGUUGGAUGUCGGGUUGCUGUUUUUUUCCCAGGAAACUUAUCAUGGGUUGAUUAUGUACAUAAAUUACAUUUGUUUGAAAUAUGAAACAUUUUGCUGUAAUAAAACUGCUAAAUGUUUUGGGACACACUAGUAGGAAGAAUUUGAGCUCUGUUUAUGAUAUAUGUGCAUAACAGUGACUGUAAAAUGUUUUUU